AACUAUUCAUGUUGGCCGGUCAUGUUAACACCUUACAAUCUCCCUCCCGACAUGUGCAUGAAAAGUCAUUUCAUCUUUUUGUCUUUAAUUUGUCCGGGUUCCAAGGAUCCUGGGCGAAAGAUAGACAUUUAUCUCCAACCCCUUAUCGAGGAGAUGAAAGAACUGUGGGCCGUUGGGACACCAACUUAUGAUGUUUCAUCAGAUAAAAUGUUUAUCAUGAAAGCUGCCAUCAUUUGGACCAUUAGCGACUUCCCUGCCUAUGGCAUGCUUUCGGGAUGGAGCACACACGGUCUGAUGGGAUGUCCGAUAUGCAUGGAGAAAUCAGGUGCCAACUGGCUCAGUUACAGCAAAAAAGGAAGUUACUUUGAUUGUCACCGCAAGUUUCUCCCGGAAAGGCACCGAUAUCGAAAGGACAAGAAGUCUUUCAUUAGAGGCAGAGCGGUUCGAGAGAGCCCACCCCCGAGAUUGACCGGUGAAGAAAUUUAUAACCGGGUUCGACGUUUCCCUACGGCUAUGGAAGAGCCAAACCAAGAGCCAUAUGGGUAUUGUGAUACCCAUAAGUGGACAAAGAGGAGCAUAUUCUGGGAGUUGCCUUAUUGGAAAAACCUUCUCAUCCGUCACAAUUUAGAUGUCAUGCACACCGAGAAGAACGUCUUUGACAAUAUAUUUAACACGGUGAUGGAUUUGAAAGGCAAAACUAAAGACGGUCUUGCAGCUAGGAAAGAUAUGACUAUUUGGUGUGAUAGACCCGAACUUUCUGUUGAUCUAGAAUAUCAGGGCAAGGAAGUUCCAAAAGCAGUCUACCAGGUCACAGAACCACAAAAGGCAGCAAUAUUAAAAUGGCUUGCGUCUCAGAAGUUUCCAGAUGGGUACUGCUCCAACUUGUCUAGAUGCGUAGACAUGAACAAACUUACCACGACGACGAGCAUGAAAACUCACGAUGCUCAUGUAAUAAUGCAAAGACUUCUACCAAUUGCACUAAAAGAGAUGCUCCCUGAACACGUAUGGUCCUGCAUUACUGAAAUCAGUUUGUUGUUUCAAUCGAUAUGUUCCAGCGUUUUGGAUGCGGCAUCCCUCCGGAGACUACAAGAGUCUGUUCCCAUUCUGAUGUGUAAUCUGGAAAAAAUAAUGCCACCAUCGUUUUUCGAUACAAUGGAACAUCUCAUUAUACAUCUUCCGUAUGAGGCUUUGACUGCUGGGCCCGUCUUCUAUCGGUGGAUGUACAGAUUUGAAAGGUUAGUCACAAUUUCAUUUAAAAAAAGAAUAUUUAUUUCACAAUAACUAUUAACAUGUGUAUUAUUGCAUUAUUGCAGAUUUCUAGGAGAGCUGAAAAAGAAAGUGACCAACAAGGCACACGUUGAGGCUUCAAUUUGUCAAGCGUAUCUUCAACAAGAAAUCUCAACGUUCUCGUCUUUUUACUUCGAGCGUGACGUCAUCACCAGAAGGAAGAGACCUGCCCGGAACGAUGACAUUGGCGAGGAUUUAUAUGAAAAUCUAGUUUCCAUCUUCAAUUACCCAGGCAGAGGUAAAGGUGCUGCGACACAACGAUACAUCCUGGGUGGGGAAUUGCAAAUUGCGCAUACUUAUAUCCUCAUGAAUUGUCCAGAAAUCUCACCGUUUUAUCAUGAAUUCCGAGCUUCUUUAUCAGCCUUUCCUGAUAAUGAAAUUGAUGCGUUGGUGGACUCUGAUUUUGUAAAUUGGUACAAGUAUCAGAUCAAUAGUCGUGGGAUUGUCGACCCUUUGUUAGUAUCAUUAGCGUGGGGUCCAGGUGCCAGUGCCAAAGUGUGGCGGCAAUAUGUGAUAAACGGUUACACAUAUCACACAGCCGAUUACGGAGAGGGCCGACCAACAACGAACAGCGGGUUAUGUGUCCCGACCAUCGGUUAUGAUAACUCGGAAACCAAAUUUUUUGGUGUCCUGCAGGAGAUUCUGGAACUUGAGAUGCCUUCUUGUGCGAAAAAAUUGACAUGCGUUCUGUUCCGUUGCACAUGGGUCGACCCCACACGUGGCGUGCGCAAAAAUCCGAAGUAUAAUAUGAUUGACGUCAACCUCUCUCGUGUGUACCCAAAAAAUGAGCCUUUCAUACUCGCCCAACAAGCAGCGCAGAUUUAUUAUGCAGAAUAUCCUUCAACAAGGCGGACACAGAAUCCUUGGGUGUGUGCAUGUCCUGUCCGUCCGAACAAAAUAAAAUCACAAACUCAACACAAGGACGUUGAUCUAGAUGCUUUUCAGCAACAAUUUUUCCAACCUCCGCCUAUUGUUGAGACGGUCAACUAUAACGUUCAAUUAAGUGAUCCAAAUGGCGGACGUGUUGAAGUCAUGCCAGAAACGCACCUUCCGGACCCAACCAUUCCAUCUGAGCGCGAAAUUGAGGAAAUGUAUGUAGCACAACAAAAUGCUCAA